AUGGCUCUGACAGCAGAGGACACACAAGUCUGCAUGGUCUCAACUGUUGAGGACGUUAUUGACCGAGUCGGCGAGGAGCUACAACGUAUGCGGCGUGAAGGCAUUAUCGAACCAGUAAAGACGUCUGAAUGGGCCGCGCCCAUUGUUCCUGUCGUCAAACGCGAUGGACGUGUAAGAAUUUGCGGUGACUUCAAGAUUACAGUAAAUCCGGUUGCUGUACCUGAGAAGUAUCCGAUUCCAAGGGUUGAGGAACUGUUCGCUAAGCUGUCAGGAGGAAAGAAAUUCAGUAAGCUUGACCUCAAGGAUGCUUACCAACAAAUACUGCUGGACGAAGAGUCCAAGAACCUGGUGACCAUCAACACUCAGAAAGGGUUGUAUCGGUACGUAAGGCUACCGUUCAGUGUUUCUACGGCACCAGCGUUAUUUCAACGAAUAAUGGAAAACCUGCUGCAAGAUCUGCGUGGCGUCGUGGUUUACUUCGACGAUAUCCUUGGCACUGGAAAGGAUGACGACGAUCACAAGAAGAACUUGGAUAUUGUACUGGUGCACUAUUUAGGUCACAUAAUCACGGAAGCGGGGUUACAUCCUGAUCCAAAGAAGGUAGAAGCUGUGACGAAGGCGCCAGCGCCAACGAAUGUGAAAACGUUGCAGAGCUACCUGGGGCUAGUGAACUAUUACAGGAAGUUCUUGCCUGAUUUGUCGACAGUACUGCAUCCUCUAAACAAGUUACUGGGAGCAAAUGCGCCAUGGACUUGGGGCACCGAGCAGCAGCUCGCUUUCCAAAAAAGUAAGGACCUCCUAACGUCUGCUAGGGUCCUAGCUCACUUUGACCCCAAGAAACCUUUGGUGUUGGUAUGUGAUGCAUCGCCUUAUGGCGUGGGUGCUGUACUUGCGCACCGUGAACUGUCAGGUGAAGAGUUUCCUAUUGCAUAUGCGUCAAGGAGCUUAAUGCCACCAGAAUGUAAUUACAGCCAACUCGAUAAAGAGGCUCUGGCCGUAAUUUUCGGCGUUCUGAGGUUUCAUCAAUAUCUCUGGGGUCAUUCAUUCGAAAUAGUGACCGACCACAAGCCACUGUUGGGACUUUUAGCGCACGAUAAGCCUGUACCUAACAACUGUUCACCCAGGCUUCUUCGCUGGGCCCUGACGUUAUCAUCUUACCGCUACGAGUUGGUCUGUCGACAGGGAAGCCGCAUCGCACAUGCCGAUGGACUGAGCAGAUUGCCACUACCUACUGAAGCUCUUCCAGUGGAACGACCAGCAGAGGUGUUCCUGUUGGAAGGAGUCUACCCAACUGUUUUAUCCGCAAAGGUAGUCGCUCAAGCCACGUCAAGAGACGUCAUUGUAUCCAACGUUCGCCACAUACUGUUGUCAGGCGGCAAAUUACCUGACGUCACUGACUACAGGCCUUACCAAAGGCGUUUUGAUCAACUGAGCGUGCAGGAUGACUGUAUACUCCUCGGAAAUCGUGUUGUCAUUCCUCAAGAGCUACGUGCAAAGGUUCUCGACUUGCUUCAUGAGAGCCACCCUGGUGUCACAAAAAUGAAGGCUGUGGCCCGCAGUCACGUCUGGUGGGAUACACUGGACGAAGAUAUUGCUGCGAGGGUACAGAGAUGCAUGACAUGCCAAGAACAACAACGCCCUUUUAAGGGUCAUUACAUCUUCAUCCUUGUGGACGCAUUUUCCAAGUGGGUAGAAGCUGAAGUUGUUCCAUCACCAUCCGCGGAAGCUACUAUUUCUUGUCUACGUUCUAUAUUUGCGAGACAUGGACUGCCCGAUCUCGUAGUGUCGGAUAAUGGACCAGCAUUUGUAUCAGCAAAGUACACAGAAUUUCUGAAGCGGAAUGGAGUAAGAAAAGUCCUAAUUCCUCCAUAUCACCCAGCAUCGAAUGGGGCUGCUGAAAGGGUUGUUCAAACAAUUAAGAACAAGCUUAAGAAGGCAAGCACAGGUGAUUUCAAGACGCAGCUAUCUCGCGCACUAUUCAGCUAUCGAACAACGCCGCACGAGAUAACCGGUGCAUCUCCAGCAGAACUCUUGUACGGAAGAAAACUCAAGUGUGCUCUGGAUAAUCUCCAUCCGGACAUGCGCACCACAGUACUUCCGUCUAUCGUCCUGGGGAUUCAGUGUUCGCAAGAAAUUUUCGACCUGGACCAACUUGGGUCCCUGCUGUUGUCACAAAAGCACAAGGACAGUCGUCUGCUGUUGUACAGCCACCUGGAGGAGUUAUUUCCACCAGGCACCAAGAUCAUCUACGAACCCAGGCAGAAAUCAGGACUGGUUCCCGAAUGGUCCCCAAGUGGUUCCAUUUGCAGUUGA